AAAAGAGCUUUAGAUCUAAAUUGUAUCUCAAAUUGACCUUUUUUUCCCUGCUUUACUGAUAUGUCAGCUUGAUAAAGCUCAAUGUGAUGGUUUAUGUUUUUGUGGUACUGUAAAUGGAUCUGAACACCUAAAGGAAGACUUGGUAUGUUAUCAUUUCAAGAAGACAGAACCUUUUCUUUCCAGGGGAGUGUUCUGAUUUUUGAAAACUGCCUUUGAGGAUAAAAAGGGUAUUUUAGCAUUCUAGUAAUGACAACCAACUAUGUACAUCAGGCAUUAAAGAUGUAUAACUCCUAGUUUAGAUGAAACCUGACACCUUUCUAUUUAGUCCUGAUUACAUCUAUAUUCAUGUUUACACUUUCAUCUUCCUUUAAGGACCUGUCUCUUGCUGCAUUGUUGUUGUUCACAACAAUCCUGUAAGGCAAGUUAGGUACCAAGUAAAUAGCUCCAAAAGAUCAAACACAUUUCAUGGAGGGAUUUGGAUAGUCUCUCCUUAAACCCAGACCAGCAUUCUACUUGCUGAGGUGGGUACGGCAACAUGAGUUCAUUGAAAAGCUGAACAUGCAAGCCAUACUGAAUGCUUCUGCUGGCCAUGAGCAGCUCCUUACUGAGCUUCUGGUGAAUAAUGCCAAGAUCCCAACUCUCAUUGAAGAAUUAAUCACUGUGGCCAUCUGGAAGCAAAAGAUCUUCCCUAUACUGUGCAAACUGGAGGAUUUCAGACCAAAAAGUACCUUUCCUCUGUAUUUAGUGCUGCGCCAUGAAGCUUCAAUUAUUAAUCUCUUGGAGACAGUAUUUUUUCACAAGGAAAUCUGUGAAUCAGCAGAGGACACCAUUCUGGAUUUAAUAGAUUACACCCAUAAGAAACUGACCCUGUUAGCAGCUCAAAGUGCCAAUGGGAAGAUACCAUUUGAACAAAAGCUUCAACCCGAGGAUCUUCCCAAUCCUUCAUCAAUGCAGGAAUUAAAGAAGCAGGCUGAAGUGAUGGAGUUUGAGAUCUCACUGAGAGCUCUUUCAGUGUUCCGUUUCAUUACUGAUAUGAUAGAAAGUUUGCCAGUAAGUGCUGUGACAAGGAUGCUGAAUACGCACAAUUUUCCAUGCCUUUUGGUGCAGCUGAUAGAGCAUUGUCCAUGGACCUAUCAUGAAGGAGGAAAAUUAAAGAAAUUUGAGAAUGGUUCAUGGUAUGAAGUUGCCCAUGAAGACCGUAUGAAGAUGACUAAAUUGGAUGGGCAAGUGUGGCUUGCUUUUUAUAACCUGCUUCUUAGCCCAGAAUGCCAGCGCAAGUACGAAUUCAAUAACUUUAAUAAAAGCCAGCUCCUCAAGCUUCGUGCAUUCCUGACCGACGUUCUUGUUGACCAAUUUCCCAAUCUUUUGGAGAUGCAGAAAUUCCUGGGCCAUCUUGCUAUAACAGAUCCUGCUCCACCCAAGAAGGACCUCAUACUGGAGCAGGUUCCUGAAAUCUGGGAUCAAGUUGUCAGAAAAAACUCUGGAAAAUGGCAAGCAAUUGCCAAGCACCAGGUAAACAAUAUGUUUAGCCCUUCAGAAGGGGAGUUGAAAAGCCAGGCUUACAGAUGGGCAAAGACGUAUAACCUGGAUAUAAUGGAAGCCCUAAUUCCAGAUAAACCCAAGUGUGGAAUGUGUGGCUCUGAGGCCACUAAACGCUGCUCCCGUUGUAGGAAUGAAUGGUAUUGCAAACGAGAGUGUCAAGUGCAUCACUGGCAAAAGCACAAGCAAGCUUGCAACUUGAUUGCUGAUACGGUGAAGAAAAUACAGGAAGAUGUACACAUGCAGGCAACAUCCAUUAAGUAAUUCUGAUGGUCAGAAAAAAAUAUCUCAUUUGACAAAUAUACUACAUUCAGAAUGUCAGGGUAAAAAAGGCCACCAGGUUAAUAAUUAAUAAAAUACACCGAAAGAUUUUAAAAAA